AUGGUCCUGUUCUUCGGGGACUUCUUCCAGUUCGACCCCGUCCUGCAGACCAGCCUCCUCUUGCCGGCGCCCAGGGACCGUGGCGGACAGAGACCGGAAAGCUUGGCGAAGCAUCUCGCAGCGCACAGGCUGUUCCUCCAGUUCACAACCGUUGUCAUCCUCCAGGAGCAGGUCCGCGCGGCUGGUUGCCCAAGGCUUCGGGGCUUCCUCGGGCGCCUGCGCAACGGCGAGCAGACCGAGCUGGACUUCCAGCGGCUCAGUCAACGCCUUUAUACACCGUCGUGCAAGGCGUCCUUCGUAGACGGUCUGAGAGCCAUCACGCCCCUGAACCAAGACCGGUGGGACCUGAACAUGGCAGCCGUCGUCCAGUGGGCCCGUGCCCACGGCAAACACAUCUCCAUCUUUGUAGCCAAGCAUGACACCGAAUCGGGGAAGCGGCUGCGCGUCGAAGAGCUGGGCGACGUGCUCCGCCGCGGAGACGACUCGCAGCUGCCAACCCCGGGCCUCUUCUUUUACGCCCAAGGCAUGCCGGUCGUGGUGACUCGCAACCAGUUUGUCGGGCUGAAGGUCGUCAACGGUGACGUGACUCUCCAUCUCGGACCGCCGGUGGCCGUCCUUCUUCAGUCGGACGAUAGCGCGGGCCUCGCCAUCCCCGGGCUCCCCAAUGGCACCAUCCUGAUCAAAAGCAAGACGGUCGCCAUCCCGAGCCAAAUGCGGGGCAAGGAAACCAGAUGGAGGGGCAAGCCGGGUUUUCGGCGGGUUACCCAUAGAACAGGACCUCUUUGUACGCCGGCCUUCGCCAUGACAGAUCAGAAGAGCCAGGGAAAACAAUUCUCGGACGUCCUCGUCAACCUCAAAGGCGUCCACUUUGGCGGCACAGCGACUCGACCCAGCUUCAUGAGCCUGUACGUGCAACUGUCGAGGGCGCAGAGCUGGGACGGGCUGCAUCUGUUUCGGAAACCGGCGCGCAGUGACUUUAUCGAACCCAAGAACGUGCUUGAUAAAGACAUGAAGGAGGCCAUCCUCAAGCUGGAACGACAGGGCGAGAAAACCAGACGGCGGUUCGAGCAGGACCACAGGCACGAACCGUGGUUCCAAGAAUGGGACGCCAUGGCCGAAUCAGCGCAGGCCACUGAACCUGCUGACGAAGAAGCGGAACAAAGCAACAACGGUCCGUGCACCUCCACCGCCAAGACCAACUGCGAGAUGCCAAUUCGAGGAAGCAAAAUGCAGAUGACGCCAGACUUCGAGAUGCUAUCGAGAGAAGUCGAAAAGGAGAAAAAAGCCAAAAUUCUACAGCACAGGAGUGACCGUGCCCGCUGCGCGCGGGCACGCCAAAGGAGCCUGGAGGAACUUGCCGGCUGCAGUAUCAGGAGAUUGAAAGAUGUCGUAUCCUAUGGCAUAUCCGGCCUCGUCGUUCUCGACAAGGCUUCACAAACCGACAUCAAGACGCCUCUCUUCGAUGACUGCGAGAAGUCCCUGUCCCUGGAGCGUGAUAUAUACGAGCGACUCACACAACGGGGCGGUCAUGAACGCGUUCUUUGUUAUCACGGUGCCGCUGAGUCGGGCAUCCGGCUGGAGUAUGCGCCGAAUGGUGACAUCCGUGCAUUGUACGCCCACGGGAAGGCGCCCAGCUUGAAACUUAGUUCGAAGCAGCACCGAGAAUGGGCCCUCCAGAUUGCGGAGGCUCUCGCCUUCAUCCAUUCCGCCGGGGUGGUCCAUGGUGAUCUGACAUGCCACAACAUAUUCCUGGACGAGAACUACAACGCCAAGGUUGCCGACUUCGCCGGCUCUUCGCUGGAUGGUUCCGAUCUGCUCGUCUGUGUUGCCGCCAGUCACGAAUAUCCCGGUUCAACGCUAUCUGUCCAGGGGGACAUAUUCGCAUUUGGUUCGGUUAUCUACGAGAUUACGACCGGAACCGCCCCUUACAAAGACCUGUCCGACGACGAGAUUGAGGCUCGCUACCAGAGAGGCGAAUUUGCAGACACAGCUUUGCUAGGUGAAAUGGGGGUCGUUAUUCGAAGGUGCUGGUUGGGACAAUAUAAUGGUUUCGAGUCGAUAGUCUAUGACUUAAAAGGUAUACACCUGACCACCCUCAGCACCCGUAGUCGGUCCACGCUUACUGGGAAUCUCUAA